AUGUCAUCCAUCCCGACAUCCACAUCCGUCAGCGAAUCCGCUGUGAUCUCCGCCCCCCUCUCUGCCGUCUGGCAUCUCAUCAAACUGCCCUCGUUCCCUGAAUUCUGGACUCGGCUCGAUAAAUCCGACCAUGUCAAGGGCACGUCCGAGGAGACGGAUAUAUACCGGUGGACGUUCAAGGACGGAACCGUCCUGGACAUCAAGCAAGAGGCUCAUUCAAGCAUCGACCACUACAUCACCUACAGCGCCAUCGCCGCAAACCCGGCGCUGACGUACUCCUCUGUCGUGUCUACCAUCCGGUGCUGGCCUGUGACAUCGGGCGCGCACGCGGGCUCGACGUUUGUUCAGUGGACGGCCAACUUCAGCAGCGAUGCUGACGCAGGUGUCAUCGAGGACGCCAGGUUCAAGCGGCAGGAGGCUCUGGCAGAUCUGGCGGCCGCCGCCACGAAGCGCAAGUGA